CUGCUGUGUGCUGGGCUCUGACCUGCCAGGAAGCAGAGACCAGAGAGAGGAGGGAGACAGAAACCUGGAGACAGACCUGAGGAAGAGGCGGGCAGUGGCUGCGGCAGGAUUUGCGUCCUUUCCCUCCCUCCCCAACCUCCCUUAACACCCCUAUUUAGCCAAAGCCCCUUCAAAGUUCCCCAGGGGUUCUACCUACCCCCUCUCUGGGGCACCAGCCCCUCAGGGCCCUGUUUCCCACCAUGUCCAUGGCUGUGGAAACUUUUGGCUUCUUCAUGGCAGCCCUGGGGCUGCUGAUGCUGGGGGUGACCUUGCCAAACAGCUACUGGCGAGUCUCCACCGUGCACGGAAGCGUCAUCACGACCAACACCAUCUUCGAGAACCUUUGGUAUAGCUGUGCUACAGACUCCCUGGGAGUCUCCAACUGCUGGGAGUUCCCGUCAAUGCUGGCCCUCUCUGGGUAUAUCCAGGCCUGCCGGGCACUCAUGAUCACCGCGAUCCUACUGGGCUUCCUUGGCCUCUUUCUGAGCAUACUGGGGCUGCGCUGCACGACCAUUGGGAACAUGGUGUUCUCCAGGAAAGCCAAGCUGGCAGCCACUGCAGGGGCCCUGCACAUGCUGGCUGGUAACUUCGGGAAGGUGAUGGGGGUGUCUGUGGGAUGGUGGCCAUCUCCUGGUACGCCUUCAACAUCACCCGGGAGUUCUUUGACCCCCUGUAUCCUGGAACAAAAUAUGAGCUGGGCCCCGCCCUCUACCUGGGCUGGAGCGCCUCUCUGCUCUCCAUCCUGGGUGGCAUCUGCCUCUGCUCUACCUGCUGCUGCGGCCCUGACGAGGACACCGCUGCCAGCGCCCACCUUCCCUACAAGGCCUCCGGGUCCGUGGUGCCCUUUGCCGCUUCAGGGGAAGAAGGUGACAGCAGCUUUGGCAAAUACGGCAAAAACGCUUAUGUGUAGGCGCUUUGGCCCUUGAGCCCCAUUUUCCUUCCCACUGCCCCGGUGAGAAGGAGUCUUGGCCGUGUCCCGCCCUCCCAAUGACAGCCUCAGGGUAAGGCUAUACCCAGGACCCUAAACCUGGCCCGCCACGCCCCCUUGCCUCAUGCUCCAGGGGCCUUCCAGGCCAAGAACUCCUCCUGAGUCCCUUUGGCUGGACCCCUCUCAUCAGUCUUCAGAACCUGGCAUCUGGGCUGUGAAGGGGUCAGCGGUGGCCCUGUGCGUGUGUAUUCUUCAUGCAUAAAUAAAGGUAUAUUGUGACUGUUCAGGAA